AUGGUACAACUAGCAAUCGACGUCAGCAAAGUCUUUGACGUUAUCACCAUAGCUUCCAUGGUAUUGUGGUUUGGAUACGUCAUCGACAUGAUCUACAUUUCGAUACGUAGUAUGCUAGAGCUAAAAAGUUUUCGAUUGAUAGUUCUAUGCUCACAGAUGUUGAAUAUAUCCUUCUUUUUUGUGUGGUUGUUAAUCGUGGUUCGCAUGUAUACCCGUACGGAGAAAGAAGCGAAUUUGGCAAUACGAAACGUCCAUCAAAUAUGGAACAAGUACUACUCGAACGGAGAUAUAGAUGAAAAAAUGCGAAAUCUUCAGUUGAUUUCGCUGAGGAUGCUAAAUACCAAGCUGCAUUUCACCGCUAGAAAUUUUUUUGCUUUAGAUCAUACUUUCUUUCACAUGAUGAUAGGAGCGGUUACGACCUACUUGGUGAUUUUGAUACAGUUUCGAGUUUAA